CGCAUCAUCGCGCACGUAAACAUCCAAUUUUCAUCUGGGAAAUCGCGACAAACAUGUCCAAAUUUUCGAUUUUCCGACAAUUUAUACUCCUCACCUGCUACCUUACUAAACGAAUUUCCCAGAAACAUCGAAAAUGCUGAUCAAUCAGCGCUUGCCACGCCUUCAUGUUUUGAUAAAAUUUAAAACAAUUUCCACAGUUUAUAAACAAAUUUUCAAUAAGUUAAACAAAUAAGGGGACAUGGAAGCGUGUUGCGUGUUUUUCGCGUGCACCAGUUUCGUUUUAGGCCUGUUUUUGAUGUUCGAGUUCCACUAUUUCGUGAGGUCGUUGUUCUGUGUGCUUGGGGCGAGGAUUUGUAAGAAGAAGGUGCAUAUUUUGGAUGAAACCCAAAUCAGCGGGUUAUGCCUCACUACUGACAUAGAUUAUCUUCUGGAUCAUAUGAACAAUGCCAGAUUCAUCAGAGAGUUGGAUUUCGCAAAAAUGGAUUUUAACUUUCGAACUGGAUUGUACCAUCUGGUAAAAAGCCGCGGGGGACAGUUGUUUCUAGGCGGGACCACAAUACGAUAUAGAAGAUUUAUUAAAUUGUUUAGCCGUUACUAUAUAACCACAAGACUUAUUUAUUGGGACGACCAAAACGUGUACAUGGAGCACCGAUUCAUCACUCCAAAGGAUCGAUUUAUAAACGCAAUCGUCUUGUGCAGAGUCCGAGUGGUCAAUUGCAAUGCUGAAGACGUCAUGGCUGAGCUGCUCAGCUCUUCUGGUGAUGUUGAGGCUGUGAAGAAACAGAAACCGGAGGCUCCCAUCGAGCUAGCCAAGUGGAUCGAGAGCAACGAUAUAUCCAGCGCUUCCCUUAGAGCUAGCUCCGCGGCUCCUAUAUGAGCUUAGGUUAAUUCGGAGUCGUAUUGGCAUACUGAUUCGUAGUUUGACAAGAAAUCUACGGUACAUGCUUCACCUCUCUCACGCCUGAUACAGCAUUGCCAAAACUGUCACAUGCUCUGCUUAGGGUGAUCUGAUAUUACAAGCAGUUGAGAAAUGGAAGCAGCUAUUCCGUGACGGAAAUAUUUACUAGAAGCAACUUCUGCAGUUAGUUACAAUAAGACAGUAAAGGGUGUCUCAGUAAGGGUGCCGGAUUUGAUUUUCAAGAAAAAUACAAUAGUUGCGAUUAAACAUGAGAUAGGAAAUUCGGUAAACGGCCAUCGCGAAACCUCUGGCACGGGAUCAGUCUUUUCUUAAAAUUCUGGAUAACGUUUCAGAACAAUUGUGGCUCUAUUUCGUCGAUAACGCGCUGUUCUCUUCUUUAAGGCAUUCAACUGUUUGUGGCUUGUUCGCAUACACCUCUUCUUUCACAUAGCCCCAGUGGAGGAACUCCAUUGGUGUUAGAUCGCACGAUCUAGGUGGUUAAUUUUGAGCGUCAAACCGAGAGAUGACACGGUCUGGAAACUUCGAUUCGAUAAAACUGAGGCCACAAAAGCUCUGUUAACAUUUCGCGAUACCGCACACCAUUAACGGUUACCGCAGUUCCAGCUGCAUUUUCGGAUAAACACGGUCCAGUCCACAAUGGGCACCAAACGGUCACUCGCGGUGGAUGCUUUGGUUGUUCGAUUAGUACACGAAAGUUUUCAGAACUCCAAUUUAGACAGUUCUGCGUAUUGACGUACCCAUUCAAUUGAAAAUGGGCCUCCUCAGACAAAAUGAUUUUCUCUGAGAAAUCCGCAUCAACUUGGUGGUGCUCCAGCGCUCAAUCAACGAAUUCACGGCGCUGGGCAUGGUCCGUUGGCUCGAGUUCUGGCGUCAGUUGAACCUUGUACGCAUGCAAGUACAGAUCUUUCGUCAAAAGUCGUUGCAGAGUAGGUCUGGUAAGGUUCAAUUCGUGGCCACGAUGUCGAAUGGAAGUGCCUGGAAUCUCGACCACACUUUCCUGCACUGUGACUAUAUUUUCGUGGGACCAAUCAGGACGGCGACGAACAGUGCUCUUCACAUUGUUUGUCUCAAAUUUUGUAAUUGCGAACUGUCGACUCAUUUGGCGCAUUAUUGCGACCGAAAAUUGCACGUAACUUGCGAACUGUUUCAACGUUAUUUUCUCCAUUUUUGUAUUUAAACGUUGCUCGUUUGAAUACUCCAUGUCAUCUAAUCGCGUGAUCUGGACAUGACAGCUGUCAUCAAGUAAACACCAUACUAUUUGUACAAAAAAAAAUGCGGCAAAUUCAAAUCCGGCGCUCUUGUUGGGACACUUUUUGUAUGGAUCAAUACUAAAAUUCCAUGACCGGCCUUGGUCGAUCAUAUCUCAGAUUGGGCCCAAUGUUCCGUAGGGAAUACCUAAGGAGGUAAAUCUUAUGUCAAACGUUUUGGCAACUUUCCCAUUUUCUCGCUACUCCUGUCAUUAUGCCCCAUACUCAACUAUUGCAACGUACUCGUACAAUUGUCCAAGGAAGUCAAAAAUGACUACGAUAUAAUAAUUCGUUCGGCAGAUAUUUCAGUCAAAAUUGGUAUUUUCGAAUUUUUCACUAGUUUAUGGGACUGGCAAUUCAAAUGCCUUCCGAAACAAAACAUGCACAAAAUAAUUGUUUUUUUAUAUUUGGCCUAUGUGAAAGGAAUUUUGUACUCGGGCCGUCAAACUGGUCGGAUAGGCCUUUGGAUCCAAUUUACGAUAUUUUGAACCAAAAUUAGCCAAUUUUCAUGAUGCUAAAGAGCGGGUCAUGAGUCAUAUCGGGCUUGAUCUUUUUUUCUGCAAAGAUGCUAUUGAGCCUUGGCCCUUUGUGAAAUCUCAAAUUCCUUGGUUCAACGAUUCACUCUGAGGACGCGCUCAAAGUUUCAAGGUUCGGAAAAAUCUGAAUUUUAGCUUUCUUGGCAAUAUUUCCACCUACACCUGUCACUGGAAAGUAUUGAGCCCCGCCAACAAAUUUAGAAAGAGCCAGUCACGGAUCUGUUUUAUACUUAUUAUCAUAGUCUGUAAAGAGGAUCAAGGUGCAUGCUACAAAUGCACCUGACAUAAGCUAAUUUUUUACACAUCUGUCAUCAAAUUCAUAUUAUUAGUGUUAUUUUUCAAGAGUGCGAGAGUUUACAGAUAAUUGUGUAUCGUGUUAGAUGAUUCCAAGACAUGGUCCUUCUUUGAUAAUUUGCAAAGAGCGACACAAGCCCGAUGAAGGGAUGUUUGCACCGGUAAUUUGACAAGCAUUGGUAGUCAAAUGAAUCCAAAGUAUGCACUAAAGCUACGCAAUUUGCAAUAUAGUCUUGAAUUCCAGAAUAAAAUUAUCUGAGGAAUUAAAAAUUUUGAGGCCGAUCUGAGAUAUGACCCACCAAGUCAGAUCGAGAAAUCUUAGUUUUGGCCAAAUUUAGGCACAUAAUAUAUUUGUUUCUUCAAGAUACUUACUGCCAGACUACGUUAUCUUUUAUAAUCAUCUGUGAUUUCAAUCAUUAGCUAGUUUAAGAGAGGCAAUAUGCAUCCGCGCACUUUUGCCUUUAUGGUAAUAGUACAUAUGGCUUCCCGUGCAUAUUUGUGCCAUGAAAGAGGCUUCCUCUAAUGGUCUACAAUCUCGGCCCACCUGAUGUCGCAAGGUGUAUUUCUGGCUCAAUGUCAGAUUGAUUAAUGAGGUAUUUCGACUAGAUCGGCUUCAAAAGCUUUAGGUCUAAAAUAAUACUUUUAUUUUUUGGGCCUUUGCAGAAUUUAUUUGACUAUAGGAUAGUCAUCUAGAAAACUGUAAAAUUCUUAAGAUUAUAAUAAUUCUAAUUCUAAUUUACUAAAAAUGUUUAUUAUUCAAUUAUCAAAGCAUAUGGAAAGUCUUCAAUGUACAGGGUCACAGAUUUAUUAUAGCAUGAAAAUAUUCUAGUAAGAGCUGUCUAAAGAUGUCCAACGCGACCAGCUUCUGGAUUGGUGUUCACUAUUUCCUCUGAGGUAACCUUUCCAAUUAGUCAACCUUUCUAACGUUUGGACGAUCCAGUGGUGCAUCUGACAGCAAAGUGAAAACUCAUGCCAAACUGACAAAGUAAUCCCAUGGCUAGUACUAUUCAGCAUAUCAGCCUUUCUGGACGGGAAUUCUUAAUACUUUACGUCUGACUGUCCUAUGGUGUGUAUAGAAAAACAAUGUUCUUCGUCAAAAAAUCUUUUUUUUUGUGAAUUUAUAUUCAUUUUCUCUUCAAUUUCAAGUUAACAGAUAAUAGUACGGUACUAAAAUUGCAUGUGAAUAUUCCACUGUAAUGGAAGAAUUACUGUUUUUUUACUUUCUACCUUCAAAAAAUGUUUGCUUUUCUUGAAACCUCAUUCUACAGCAAACUGAGUUUUCGAAUGGAAAAAAUGGUAAAAUUGGAAGUAAUCAUCUGUACAAUUUUAAUAUAAAAGUGGAAUUAUGAUGUACAUCUUCAGAACUGUAUUAGCAUUUGUUACGAUUGAAGAAAAAAUGCACAAUGAAAUGCACAGAAAUGAAUUUUUGUCUAAAAAAUUGAAAAUACUACUUUAAACAGACAGUUGGAAAGAAUGGAUAUGCAACCUUAAUACUCCCAACAUCGUUGUUAUCCUAUACUAAAUCUGGCCUACCAGGUAGGUAUACAAAACUUCAAAUCUAGGAAUAUUUUAUCAACGUAUAAACUAUUAUGCUUCAUGCUUCAUUUAUGACUCUAUGUAAUAAGGUAUGUAAGCUCUACCCCUGUCAAAGUCGCUAACAUGAUGACAGUUUGGACGUCUUCGACCUAGAGGCAUUUUGUUAUGCUUAACACUAGUAAAUGAAAGGGCAAUAAUAAAUAUCUGUACUGCUCGGCUCUCAGAAACUGCUUUCUUCACAAAAACAAAGCGACAAUAUUUUAACAAAGGUGAACAAAAACAUAGAUGAAACGUUGACAUUGUUGCCACAGCAUGCUUUAUAUGUAUAUGUAUAUGGUAUAUCAUAAGCUACUAAAUGGUUGUUAAAAGUUAACAAGCAUUGGAUCCAUGAACAGGGUUUCUCGAUAGUUUCGCAUAGCUAUUAAAAUAUAUAAAAAUGUAAGAUAUGUAAUAUUAUAAUCUAUAAUUAUCUUGAGGGUACAUCAAAAUAUGAAGUGUGAUAUGUAGAUUUGUUAUUAUAGACAUCAUAGUUACAGGAAUAGGGUGGGAAAGCAGAAAAGGUGAUGUCGUUUGUGAUGUUAACAAUUGUUCAAUCAUAUCACAAACGAAGCUAUCAAAGUUAAUUAGUCCUGCUUGAGUAGAAACUCAUCUGUUUUAAUAUUUUCCUCUACCUUUUUUAGUAAAAUAUAGUUUUUGUUAAUUCCUAUCGAAGCAUUGAGUUGUAUGUCGUCAUUUAUAAAAGUUUGAACUCGAUAUUCACAUAUAGGGAAAAAUUAACUUCGUAAUUAUGUCAUGACCACAAGGUUCAUAAUCAAACAUAUGUACAUAUAAAUAAAUACUCUAUUGACGUUUCCGCUGACUAUCCGGCUAAAGUUAAAUAAUGAAUAAACCAAGAUAAUCUUAAAUCUUAAUAUUGUAUAUGGUAGAAAGUAUCCAGUAGGUCCAGGUUUGUAAAAUAUGUUGCCUGUUUGGAGUACAGACUACUGUGUGUAAGAAACUGGAAAGACAAUCAUCGUUCGACUUCAUGUAUGUCGCUAUUUUUUUAUCUACAUCUAAGAGAUACUACAUUACUUCUUUAAUAUACAAACAAAUUUAUUUUAUUCGUUUGCAAUUUAUUGUGUGAUAUAAUCUAGCUCUAAGCUUGUCAAAGCCUGUAUUUUCGUUUUUCAAACUGAUCCGUUAUCAAAGCGAUGUCUUAUCUGACGUCACACUCAUUCCCUUUCUAAGCAUCAGGGUUUCACACGGAAGCCACUUCUUUAUAAUUUAGUUGCAAGUGAACAUCAGGAAGUGCACAACAAACGGAAACGGCGAUGGUGUCCUGUACAGAGGUUGCUUUCAAUGCUUUCUAGAACAAAGGAUGCGGCAACCUUAUUACUUAACCGUAAAAUAACAGGGAUAGCGACCUGAUCGCCCUACUUGCUUCAUGUUCACUUGCAGUGGUGGUGUGUGUGUGUUGCCUAAACAUCAAGAUGCUUGAGCUAUACUCUGUCGCUCUGAUAUAAUGUUAAAACAUCUGCUUCAGAGAUGGCACUAGCGAAGACCAUUCAUAGCUUCUCACGACUAAGCUGUAAGUAAUAUAGUAAUAUAGAUCGUUGUCGUUCCUCCAGACGUGGCGUUCACAGCGAGUAGGCGCGAUGUGAGACAGCGACUAUCCCUAGUACACAAGUUAUCAUACGAGGGCGGUCCGAUAUGUAUUUAGCCGACAAAAGAAAAAAAAGAUUUUGGAAAAGUGCCGAUCUAUUUCCCAACAUAGUCUUCUCUAAGCUCGAUACACUUGACCCAGUGAUACUCCCACCUCUUUAAGCCAUAUGAAAAAUACGUUUUCUGGAGGUCUACAAAGUAGGCGACGACAACCUCCUCAUUCGACUCAAACUUCUGCCAGGCGGGUGACUUUUCGAAGUUUGGAAACACAAAGAUGUCCCACGGAACCAAAUCUGGAGAAUAUGCUGGAUGAUUCGUAGCCUAACUCGACCAAUUUGGCUGUGGAGGUGUGAUCCGGUGCGUUGUCAUGGUGGAAGAGCAAUAAUUCGGCAUAGGAGGGCCACGUGUCCGUUUUCCUUUCUCCAGGUAGACGAUAUAAAUCACACCUUGUGAAUCCUAGAAAACGGUGGUCACUACCUUUUUGGCCGACAGAACAGCUUUCGCCUUCUUCGGUGCACGUUUGCCCGGUAAAGACCACUGCUUCGACUGUUCCUUGAUCUCUGGUGUGCACCAGUGGAUCCUUGUCUCGUCGACAGUUACGAAACAAAACAGAAAGUGGUUUGGGUUGCGCGUAAACAAUGCCCUGAAGUGGUCUCAUCGUUGCGCUUCUUGUCAGGAGUGAGCAAGCGCCGCACCCAUCGGGCAGACAGCUUUCUCGUGCCCAAUAUUUCAUGCAGGAUAUGACCCACGCGAUCUUUUGAUAUGCCUACUGUCUUAGCUAUCUCGCGCAUCUUCAAUCGGUCGUCUGCCAAUACGAGAUUGUGGGUUUUUGUCAGGUGGGCGUAGCUCAUCAAAAACCGACGUUUGACCACGUUGAAACUUGUUAGACCAAUUUUUGACAGUUGCCACCUAAUGAGAAGAGUCAUCGUAUACAGCAUCCUAAUGCUCUUUAAUUUCGCUGCGCGAUUUCCCUUCCAAAAUCGAGAAUCGAAUCACCGACCGAUAUUGCUCUUUUGCCUUUUUUCUAACAACCAUAGACACGCCCGCUUCCACACGCGGUCAAAGCAAAACUUCGAAAUGUACUACACGACAGUAAAUUUCUCUUGGGAUAAUGGCACCAUCCGGCGGUGAGGCUAAGUACUUAUCGGACCGCCCUCGUAGUGAUUAUCUAUAUCACGACUGCCCAGUGUUGCCAGGUACAGAAGAUCUAUUUUCGGUAGAAUUGUGCCAAAUUUUCCAGUAGAUUGUGCUUUCUUUCAGUAGAUGGAGUACCAAACAGAGGCAUUUACGUGAAGGACCUAUUGACUGAAUUAAAAUGUAUCAAAACAUGAAUCCAAUAGGGAAAUCAACACACCCCUCCUCUGACUUAAUCAAAAAACGUUUUCUAGCAAAAACGUCCAUAACACGUAAGUGAACAAAUCUUUUUACUGUCACAAACUUUGUCUAUUAUGCUGAAAUUUAGAAAUCGGCAACCACUUUUUAGUUUAACAAGAUUGUGACACCCUUUACAGCAGGAUAAUGUUUACAUGUGACUAUUCCCCUCGUCUUAACUUGAACCAAUAAGAAAUGGGCAAUUUUGAAUUACAAAUGGUUUCUAGAUGGAAAAAUUGUAUGACAGCACCUGUCAGCAGUUUUUUUGAGUUCACCCGCGGCAAAACUUGACAACUGUUGUCACCAAAAAUUAUAAUACAUUUGAUAACAAGUAAUUAUGAUCUCCUAAGUCACUAGAAAAGACGCUAAACACUUUUUCUGAUUUUAUUGUCAAUAAAUUUUGUAAACUAACUGAAUGCAGAAUAAUCUGUUACUCAUGAAACAGUCUUAUCAGACACCAUUCAGACAUCUAAUUGUUUUCUGGGAAAACAAUCGAAAAAACACAAUGCAAAAUAAUAUUUUUUUAACAAGAUAUUGCUUAGCAACCUGUUUUCUUUAUUUUUUUCAGAAACAUUAGAUGCCCUUAUGAUAUUACUUAUAGUCAAAAUCACGAAAGAUGACUAUUACGUCAUGCCAUAAAUUGUACUGAAGUAAUCAGUGGACUUAGGUCGAUGAUAAAAUCACGAUGUCAGGAACAUAAUGACAACAAACUUAUAUUAUGAUUUUGGCGAAGUUAGGUUAUUUCACAGAUUAUUUUUAUUUUCGUUUUAUUUUAUGGUUUUGAGUAAUACCUUCACAAUAAUUUUAGUGGGGAGUUUUGAAAAAAAACUACAGUUAUGAGUAGAAUACAUGCGCAUAGGUGCAAUUUAGCAAUACAGUUUGUUUAGACCAUACAAUUAUGUUUGUCUCUGUCUAACAUAUCUGAAACUUCAUUAAAAAUAUUCACAAAUCGCUGUCGUUUGUCUUUACUACAGACUAAAAUGAUCAUCGUCGUCUUUGGUGAUUUCGACUAUAUUUAAAUACCCUCCAACAGUACAAUAGCAUUUUAGUGAUUUCACAACAGAAAUAAAGGGAUCAAUCACUUCUGGAAUAGAGAAAAGGGUAGUUCAAGAUUUAGUUUUUUAUUAAGGUAAAACAGGAUUAAAAUCGGUACAUCUACCGAAAAAAUCGGUAACCUGGUAACACUGUGGGUAGCUUAUAUCCAUUGGGGCUUUCGGUACAACUUUCGAGUGUUGACGGUUGAUAAUAUUGGUUGUGUUGAAAAAGUAAAGCUGUGCAAUAAUUUUUUGUAGCAUGUAGCAAUGACUAACUAUAAUGCCAUUUGUGCUGCCAAUGCGAAGUCAUUCCUUCAUUUAACUCAAUGUAUCAGCUUCCUGUUUCUCAAAUGUCAUAACUCUCUAGGCAAAUGACGCGUCAUCAAAAUAAGCAAACCUCGAAGGUAUGACUAUCGAUCUAGGCCUGACUUCCAUUCCAUUCAUCGGUGUUCACUUAGCGUUAUUUACUAUAUCAAAAUGUGAUCAGUGUGGCAUACUCGAUGAAAAUGUUAUUUAUUUUAACGCUAGAUAUAGGUAGAGAACUGUUGAGUGUAAAUUAUUAUUGUAUGUUAAGAGAUUACAGAAGUAUAUGUGCUGUUAAAAGUAAAA